ACAGGCGAGGCAGAGGAGGCGUUUCAACGUUUGAAACGCAGUUUCGUCACGGCACCCGUGCUGCGGAUGCCCGACCCACAGCGGCAGUUCGUGGUGGAGGUCGACGCGUCCAAACUCCGGAGUCGGGGCCGUGCUGUCCCAGAGGGAUCCCACGGACGGUAGGAUCCACCCAUGUGCCUUCAUGUCCCGCAAGCUAUCUCCCGCGGAGCGGAAUUACGACAUCGGGGACCGAGAACUGCUCGCGGUAAAGGUAUCCCUAGAGGAGUGGAGACACUGGCUGGAGGGGGCAGACCAGCCUUUCCUAGUAUAUACAGAUCAUAAGAACCUUGAGUACCUGAGAACGGCGAAGCGGCUGAACUCACGCCAGGCCCGAUGGGCACUGUUCUUCAGUCGCUUCAAUUUUCACUUGUCGUACCGUCCUGGAUCCAAGAAUGUGAAACCUGACGUUCUGUCUCGUCUGCAUGACGCGCAGCAGGAACCAGCAGAACCUGAGUCCAUCCUACCGCCGGGAUGUCUGGUGGGGGCAGUCACCUGGUCGGUGGAGCGUCGGGUACGGGAGGCCAACCGCGACCGUCCGGUCCCACGCGGCGCCCCGCCCAACCGGCUGUUCGUGCCACCCGACCUCAGGGGAGAGGUCAUCCAAAUAGGGCAGCUGAACAGCACUGUCCAUCCACCAACUACUAUAACUCUGAUGGACCUAAACCAGAAAGAAGGACAUGGAAACCUUCUGGCUGCCGACGGUGCACCGCACAGAGUAAACCAGACUGCGAUCACUGCUUUGUAUGGACACCAGGCUGCUGGCUGUUUGAAGAAAAACAGGCACUCGGGAAACGCGACCCAGUCAAGGCAGAGGGACAACCCCUGA